AUGUGCUACAACAGGCGAGCUCUACCUCCACCGCUUCCCGAUAGACCUAAUGGUACUGGUAACUUGGAGCCCCCUCCUAUACCGCCUCGCAGAAACGUCCUGCCACCAACAUAUCAUUCUGGAGGCCCCUUUCAAUCUCGAGUUGUCGAACCUGCAGAUACAUCGUUGCCCUCGCCAAGCUUUUCUAGACCCUCAGUCAAUCCUCACUUGCAAGAUGACGACCUUUUUCAAUCUCCUUUUUUACCUAAUUUAGGAGCUCCUCCCUCAGUCUUUAAUAGUGUUCAACACCCCGUGCCAAAACCAAAUACAGGUAACCAAGAAAGCGGUCCCUUAGAGACAAAUAAGUUUUACACAAAUCUGUUACUUGAGGAUAAUACGCAACCGGUAUGGACACAUCCUUAUUCUCUUUGGUUUUCUCGUGACCCAGAAUUGUUUGGUUUGGCCAUCAAUCACACUUUAGCUUCUCAAAGGGUCUUUGACACAAGUAAAAGUCCUCCGGGGUUCUAUUUUAACCCUACUAAUAUAAAAUCGUUUGUAUUCAAGGCAAGGGAAUUUAGUUCGGUGAAUGAUAUUAAGCUUGAAUUUGAUGAUAUGAGGCACAUGUCCUCACGGUUGCUAUUGUCCCUGAGUAACACCCAGUAUAUAGAAUUUCCGCUAAUUCAGGGAAUGGGCUUUGUGACGGCUAUUUAUCAUGAUCUGGGCUUUGAAUUAAGGAGCGCUGUCGGCUUCAGGCGCUUAGAACGUCUAAGCAUGAAUGAGGGAACUGUUAAAUAUAAUAUCCAGCUUGAAGACAAUCGAGUUUGGCCGCUCUACUUGUCUUCACUGACUUUCUCUUUUCCAGAAGAUUUUCAACUUUCAUUAAUAAAUAAUAAUACGAUAAUAUCUUCUCACAAAGUUGACGGUCUUAUUUGCCAGUUAUCUGCCGAUUCCGUUCCUAGCAUCGAUUCGGCAGCAGGUUGUUAUCCAAUAUCCUGUGAGUUAUCAGGAAAAACCACUAAUGAACAGCUCACAAAUUAUAGAUUCAACUAUACUGUUGCAGGCAAAUCGCAAUCGGGCACUACGUUAAUCUACGCUUUUCCGCAUCAUAAAGCAGCAUUCACUCCAGAAAUGCAAAAAUAUCAAAUCAACUCUACCUUGGACUCCACGGUUAAGGGUACGAUGACUGGUUUCCUCACGAACAGUUUUGAUAUGCAGAUUCAAAUACCGCUAGAAUUGGGUUUUGAGCCUAUUGCCCUUUAUUUGCAUAAGAAAUCUAACUAUAGCCAUGAAACGCUAUCUAAAAUUCAAGAAGCCGCCACUCAAGAGGUCCAGUCUAGUGAUCCUCUACAGGAGUCAAACGUAGACUCUAUGUAUUUCUCCGGCAAAGUACUUGCAAAAUAUGCGUGGAUCCUCUAUGUGACACAUUACAUUCUUCAUGAUGAAGAUUUAACGAGAGCUUUAUUAAGUAAACUGACUAUUGCAGUGGAAAGAUUCACCAGGAAUCAGCAGAUUUUGCCGUUGAAUUAUGAUCUUACUUGGAAGGGUAUUAUUUCAUCAGGCACCUCCAGCCAAGACUUUGGUAAUUCUUACUACAAUGAUCAUCAUUUUCAUUACUCUUAUCACGUUAUUACUGCUGCCAUCAUCUCUGUGGUUGACAAUGACUUAAAUGGAAAAACCAACAAUUCUUGGUUAAGAAAUAAUAGAGAUUGGGUUGAAUGUUUGAUCAGAGAUUACUCGGGUGCUGAUAGAAACGAUCCAUACUUUCCUCAAUUUAGGUCAUUUGAUUGGUUCAAUGGCCAUUCAUGGGCUAAGGGAUUAUUUCCAAGUGGUGAUGGCAAAGAUGAAGAGUCCACUUCAGAAGAUCUUAAUUCUUGUUAUGCAAUUAAACUGUGGGGGUUAGCGACUGAAAACUUUAAGCUUGUUGAUUUAGCUAACUUGCAACUCGGCAUUAUGAAAGAUGUAUUUCAAAGCUACUUCCUCUACGAAAGUAAUAAUACUAUCCAGCCCAAUGAAUUUAUCAGAAAUAAGGUUAGCGGUAUUUUGUUCGAAAAUAAAAUUGAUCACGCCACUUAUUUCGGUAUGGAGCCUCAAUAUAUUCAUAUGAUCCAUGCUAUUCCUAUAACAUCCGCGUCCUCAUGGGUAAGAUCGCCAACUUUUGUUAAAGAAGAAUGGGAAGAAAAAAUGCAGCCGAUAAUUAAUCAAGUCAAUGAUGGUUGGAAAGGCAUAAUCAUGUUGAACAUGGCUUUACUUGAUCCUAAGUUCUCAUAUGACUUUUUCAGUCAACCUAAUUUCGAUAGAAAUUUCCUAGACAACGGACAAAGUUUAACUUGGUCUUUGGCUUACUCAGGUGCGUUCUCCUAG